UGCUUAUCACGGGAGCACAACCGCGAUGCACGAACACCUGAAAAGGAAACACACAGGAGUUGUUGAAGUUGCGCCCACAGAAAUAAUAGUAUGUAAAUUAACGUCCAAGCAGAACAAAUCAGCAACACCUCAAGAAAACUAUGAACCCAUCAGAUUCCAGGAAGAGUUUACAUCUGGGGCUGCCCUAUUCCGGAGAAAGAUUCUGUCUCUCAUGGAGUCUUUGAUGGUGAAAACGACAUCAGGAAUUGUCUCCAUAUUUGAUGAAAUGUACAUGGGAGCAGAAGCUGAGUUAAUACAGAGGAGGAAGGAAGUGGCAGCCCUCACACACAGACUGAAGGAGAUGGAGCAAUUGUGUACUCAGGAUGUGUGCGACAACCUGCCGGUCCUCAAAGUGGAGCCAGAACAGCGUUUUUUGGAAAGCGCCCUGUUCCAUGGACAGCCAGUCCCAGAGAGCACAGAGACUGUGGAGUUUGCGCUGGAGUGUGUGGUGAUGAAAGCAGAGGAACCAAUGAAUGCAGAAACAAUGGUGCAGCCACCUGAGUACCAGCUGGAGUUGAACAGUGUGCCGGACGCUCCACAGGAGCCCCUGGUCAGAGCUGAUGAGGAGCUGCCGAGAGCUCCAGUCUGGCCAGCAGAGGGCGCCGAGAGUCAGUUCCCUGCUGUAGGGCAGCUGCACCAUCACACGGACCAGGAAACAACCUGCUCCACCGCCACAGCAAAACCUAGUUCCAGCAAGCCCACAGAGGAAUCUACCGGUCCGAGGCAGGAUGGGAUAGUCAGCGGUUCUCCACUGAAGUCAGAUCAGGCCUUCCAUACCAUCGAUCAACAGCAAAGCCAGCCCGCUGAGUGCCUGGAGUUCAGCUCUGCAAGCUUCUCCCCAGAUGCCCACUCCUCCUCUGCUCCACAGGAGCCCCUGGUCAGAGCUGAUGAGGAACUGCCGAGAGCUUCAGUCUGGCCAACAGAGGGCGCUAAGAGCCAGUUCCCUCCUAUGGGGGGGCAGCCGCGUCAUCAAACGGACCAGGAAACAACCUGCUCCAGCAUGGCCACAGAGGACCCUUCCACCACAGCAGAACCUUGCUCUAGCUCUUCAGGUGCCAGGCAGGAUCGGGUGGUCAGUGGCACUCCAAAGUCCAACGAAGCCACCCCUGCAGCUGGUAGACGUCGUGGUCGGUCUGCGGGUCUGAGCCCGGAGAGUCUGUCAGCACCAGGCAUAACCCUUCAUCUCAGGAGCCGUUCAGCUGUGGUGGACACCAGUGGCAGAAGUCAUGACACUUUAGAUGAGCUGGACAGCUCUCCAUGUAUGGAUCCACCUGGAACAAACGGUCUACUGUCACCAAAAGCAGAGAACCCUUCAGUGGUCACAACUGCAGAGGAGACUACAAGUCACUGUGUGUCUUCUGAAUCUGAGACUGAAAAUCCCUCUGACAUGGAGGUGAAAUCCACUGCAGUCAAGAGAAAGAAAGCAAAUUCUAAAGCCAGGGUGAAAUCAGGAGACACAAAUCAACAAGGUAAAGAAGACGCAUCAUUAAAAAGAAGCUCUGCAGAGAAGAGUGAGAAGAUUCCAAGAAAAAAACGAAGGAUGACUGAUCCAGAGUGCAAACAUGAUGUGAAUGGUGCCCUUUAUCCCUUUGAAGAAAUUCUGCAGAGACGAACUACAGCUGAUGGUCAAGAGGUAGUGAAGGUGAAAUGGUUGCCGUGUUCUUCAUGUGGUGCGAAAUGGAGAAACUCCUGGGAGCCAGCCUAGAGAAUGAGGCCAUGACACUGAUUUCAUUCAACUUGAAAUUCUAGUCAAUUCAUUAGGUUGUGAAGAAGUAUUUCAGAAGGUCUGAGAUGUAGCGUGAAGUAAAUUUGGAUAUAACUACUGGCACAUUUUAAUUGUCUAUACCAGGGGUGGCGAACCUGCGGCUCUUUACCUUCUCUCGUGCGGCUCGCGGCAGCUCAACUGAUGUUCCCACUUCUCCUUGGCCUUAGAGUUUUUUAUUUUUUGAAAUAGCCUAUAUUUCUGGUAAAUGAAAAUGCUUAUCAUAAUUUGAUAGUACUCAUAGUUAGGCUGCAAUGUUUACAUUAAAAUAAUUUUACCGUCAUGUUAUGGAUAGGAAAAAAGAAGCAGACACGUUUGUUUCUUUAGCCAGGUGUAAUGCUACUGUUGCAAUCAGGAAAACCCUGAAGCUAAGCGCAAAUAGGAGGACGAACACGGGACAUUCAAAAGGAGGAUUUAUCUUUUUGUAGCAUAAUCCGUCUGGUUGAUAUGUCAACGUAACCAAAAUUACACCGUUAAAAAAUGUGUUUUAGUUUGGUACGGUAUGCCAGAUUUAACUGAUGCAUAAAGCUUCAACCUUGAACAUUUUCCAAAGGCACUGACUUUUGCAAGUACAAGGUAAAGGUAGGUUAUAUAGACGUCAGUCAGAGAAGCAGACUCAUUUUCUUUUUGUGUAUUUUUAAAAAAUAUAGCUACUGAACACUCGACGGAACAUUUGAUGGUCACAUUGGCAUCAUAUCAGUUGUUACAUUGAAGCAUUGCUCAUGCUAAUAAGUCAUUCAGUGAGGGGAAAUUUGUGAUGUGUGUCAGAUUAUCUUUGUUGCUUGCUACUCAUUCCUGAAAAUGAUCAUUUGUAGCAUCUGCCAACUGCCUAUUUAAACUGCAGCCUAUAGGCCUAAGUCGAUGUUGUAGUGUGGGCAUCUUUUUUGUUGUGUGGCUCUUUUAAGUUGUGUGAAUUUUUUUUUGCCUCUUGAUGCUGGACUGGUUAGCCACCCCUGGUCUAUACUGUGGUGGAAAAUAGAAAAGUUACCCAAAUCACUCUUUUAUGUUAUCCGUACGUGAAUGUGUGAAAUAAUAACUCUUUGAUAAUCAAUAAUUAGGCUAUAUGCAUUAUGCAUACAUUAUAUGAUUUUUGUAGACGUCUUAACGAUAUCAGACUUAUCUAGCUAUUUUCCACCAUUGACUACCUCUUGAAGAAUACCAGACAACUUGAAUGCCAGGCAUGGUGCAAGGGAUGUUUACUGUUUCUACGUAUACUCUUUUUCACUUAUUUUCCAUUUAAUCCCAAAGACUUGUGAUAAGGCAGUGUAGAUCACCUGAAUACACAGUUGAAUUAGCGUUCACUAGUGAUAUUGUUUGUAUAAAGUCAAUA